AUGAGCGAACAAUUCGCCUUUGUAACUGAUAACCAUUUUCCACCGAAAGAUGUUACAAGGAAAUUCUAUUACAGCAAGAAUCCAUACGAUGAUGAAAAUGCUAUGUUGCAAGCACUGCAUAAAAAGCCCUUGUGCAUUAUUGUACUGGGAAAACCGUGUUCAGGAAGAACCACAUUAUCAAAAAAGCUGUGUUCCAAGUGGAAAUUGCAACUGGUGAAUGCAUUACAACUUUUAAAUGAAAAUGUUGAUUCUGAUACGGAAAUUGGCAAAUCUAUCAAUGAAAUUAUGAUCAGUGGUCAAGCUUUGGACGAAAAAAUGGUGUAUAACUUAUUGACGCAAAAGCUUGAGUCCCCAGAGUGUGCGCACUAUGGAUAUGUCUUAGAUGACUUACCAAUUUAUUGCCAGUCUAGCAUUGGGAUCGAGGAACAGAUGUCAUUUAUUGAAUCCAUGAAUAUGAAGCCCGAUUUGAUCGUUCAUAUUAAGAUACCUGAAGAUGAUAUUUUAAAAAGACGUGAAGGAUUACGAGUAGAUGUUGAAGAUGGAACCUUAUACUCUAGUCGAAAUUAUAUGCCUGAAGUAAAACUACCAGAUGAACCAAAAGAAAAAUUUGCAAAUAAGGCGGAGAAAGAGAAACCAUCGAAGACUGAAGAUCCAAAUGACGAUGAAGCAGACAAUACACCUGAAGAAGAUGUUGAAGCUAUGGAAGAAGGAGAAGACGAAGAAGAUAGGCCUCGAGAACCGAGUCAUCCUGAUUUUGAAAUCGUAGAGAAGGAAAGAUUUGAAUAUUUAGUUUCACGACUAGAAGAUAUUCCAGAGCGGAUGAAAGCAGACUUAAAAUAUCAUGAAGAAAAUAUUUGUCCACGUGUAACUUCUUAUGUAUCAAAGUUUAAUCCAUUUAAUAUUAUUGAAUUAGAUGGAAACCUCACUCCCACUGAACUAUUUUACAAUUUACUAGUCAAACUACAAGGUAUGAAUUUUUAUCCAUCAGUGGCUCCAUUGAGAUUUUAUGGACCAAGUAAUGAAGAAGAAGAGGAAGUGGUACCCGAAGAUAUGGAUACUGAAGAAUUAUUUCAAACACUAGCAAUUAAAAAGAUGCCUGGUCCACGUGCUCGCUGGUACAAAAGUCCAUGGAAGCGCUUAUGUCCAGUAGCAUUAUAUGAAGGUCAACUAUCAAUUGGUAAACCAGAAUUUACAGUUGGUUAUCUUGGACAAAUAUUCUGCCUUUCAAAUAUCACCAACUAUACACUAUUUAUGAAAAAUCCAAGACCAUAUUUACUACCGCCCCAACCAAGACCACCAUUUCGUGUUAUUGUCCUCGGAGCUAAAUCAACUGGUAAGACUCAGCUGAUACGUGUAUUGGCUGAAUCAUACAGAGCUAGAAUUAUUGAUCUAGUUGGAAUGCUUCAAGAAGAAUAUGAUAAAAUAUUAAAUGCAAGAUUAAAGGAAGUUCAAGAGACUACAGAGGCUAUUGUUAUUAAAGAAGUCACUGAACGACACGAAGCUGAACUUGAAGCCUAUAAAACUAAUAAAAUUGCUGAGCAUACAAGUGAAGUGAUUACACAGAAAAUUACAGACGAAAUAGAAGAAGAUGCCAUUAAGGAUGCUGCAGCAAUUUAUGAUGACGAGACAGAAAGUGAAGAAAAAACAAGCGUGUUAAGCGAAGAAAACUCAAAGCCAUUUUCACUUUACAUCCCAGAACAUUUACGUCAACCGGUGGAUAAAAAUCAUCCAGAAGUUAAAACAAGAGUUAAGAAAGCUAUACAUUUAGCUAAACAAGAACCAAUAGAAUUGGAUGUUGAUCUUUACAUUAACGCUGUACGUGUGGCAGUCGAAGAGGUUGAAGAUGAAUUACGUAAAAAUAAUCCAGGGGGUCCUUAUCACGGUCAGUGGAUUAUAGAUGGGCUUCCUGUACGACCAGAUGUCUGGCAAGGUUUUGUUGAGAAAGCACCAGAUCUGCUACCAGAUUUGAUGGUUUACCUGCAAGAUACAAGCCAAAAUUCGGAGUAUUUGAUUAAACGGUGGAUUAGACUGAAAGUGGAAGAAUUCAGUGAUAUUGAAUCGGUCGAUCCGUUUGACAAUACUGAUAGUACAAUUUCACAGGAUUUGGAAAGUGAACAAUUACCUAAAGUACCUGAUGAAAUUAGCCUUUUAACUGGUCGUCAAGGUCAAUCCGCAUCAACACGAAUCAAAGAACUGGAUAAAAUGUGGUCACAAACCUCUGAUAUUAUAUCGCGUACAACACAACCACUAGGUGCACCAAUUGAUAUUUAUGAAUUAGAUAUAAUUGACAAGACAAUGGAUCAAAUGCGAGAUGAAAUAUUGGAACGAUUAGUUAAACAAUUCAAACUAGAAGCUGUACCAAAAACACAAGAUGACUUAGAUGAAGAGGAAGAAGAAGAUGCUGGUGCCUUUGAAGAGGAAGUUGAUGAAGAAUACGAGAUGGGAGAAGAAGGUAUGGAAGAAGGUCAAGCAGAGAAUGAAGAGGAAGAGGAAGAAGAGGGUGGAGGUGAAGAAUUAGGUGAAGGGGAAGGUGAAGAAGAAGAUGAAGAACCAGAUCCAAGUAGAAAUUUACAAAAGAAAUUAGGUUUAACAAGUUAUUUCUGUCCAGUAACUUUACAUGAACAUGAAGUACUGCGUGCUGGUGAUCCAGAUAUUGCAGCUGUCUACCGAAAUUUAGUCUACUACUUUGCUAAUGAAGAUGCAAGACUGAAGUUUAUUGAAAAUCCAGAUAAGAUAUUGAACACUGAGAAUGGGUUAAUAAAGCUUCCACCGCCAAGAAUUGUAGUAAUUGGACCAACCGGUACUGGCAAGUCAUUACACAGUCGUCAAAUCGCCUUGAACUUAAAUCUUGUUCAUAUUGACUUUUCAAGUUUACUACAAGAAAUUAUAUUUCCUAAAUUUGGUCGAAAAAUUGGUAAACAAUACGUGGAUCACGAGCCGAUACCUGACGUUGUACUGCCGCCUCUCGAAGAAACAACUGAUGAGGUUGAAGAAGGCCAGGCUAAGUUACAAAGUCAAGAAACAGAUAGAUCCAAUAUAAAAGCAGACAAUGCAUCUAAAGAGAAUGAAUCAGAACAACCACCUGUAAUGGAUGAACAUGAAACAAAUAUUUCAGAAUACCUGUUAAAUUCAACACAGUUACCGAAUGAAACUUUGGAAUGGUUACUGGGAAAACUUUGGAAACAAGAACCUUAUAAAUCUAUAGGCUUUAUACUGGAUGGCUUUCCACAGACUACUGAAGACUUACAAUUUUUAAUUACAUCAAAUUAUUUCUUCGAUUGUGCUGUAUUUUUAAAUACUGAAGUUGACGAAGUUGUCUCUAGACUAUUGCCGCCCAGGCUAGAAGCCUGGCGUAAACGAAUGGCAAAAAAGGCUGAGAAUGCGAGUAAACUAAAAGAAUGGAAAGCUGCAAAAAAGAAAUUAGCGAUGGAAAAAAGACGAGCAGAAAUUUUGAAGGAGUUACAAGAGAAAAGAGAAAAUGCAAGGAUGAAAGAAAGCACUGAAGAUGGUGACACUGAAGAAGAUGAAGAGUUGGAGGAUGAAGUGAAUAUUGACGAAAUGUUGGCAGAAGAUUUUGCGGAAGAAGAAGAUGAAAUGGAUGCAGAAGAAGAAGAGACUGAAGCAGAUGCUAUUGAACGGUUAACUGAAGAUAUUACAGAGUCAUUCACAGAGGCUAGUGAUGUAUUUGGAGAAAUUGCUGAACAAAUAGAAGAAUUAUCUAUACCUAAAUAUGAAGUAGAUUCUGGUGGAAAAGUAACAUGGGCUCGUUAUCGAGUUGUUAAACGUUUACAUAAUGUAAUUGAAAAUCGUAAUUCAUUAUUUGAACGUGUUUAUCCAAUUACACCGAAAAUUGCUGAACGUCUUAUAGCAAACGGUUACUGUUUUCCAAGUCGAUUUGGUCGUUGGUGUCCAGUUACACUACACUUUCAAGAUAUUUGGCUUCCACCUGUUCCAAUGCCUCCUGUAAAAGUUGGUAAUCCAAAAUAUUUGAGUGUAUUACCAGGUAUUGUUGGUGAAACACUUCCAGUUAAUAAGGCAAAAACCUGUGCAGCUAUAUAUAAACAACACAUCUAUUGGUUUGCUAAUCAAAAUGCUCGUACAGUGUUUAUGAAAAAUCCUUUAAAGUAUACUGAUGGUCAUCCAGAUCCACCGUAUAGAAUACCGUUAAGAUUAAAUAUUUUAGGUGCUCCAAAAACCGGCAAAACAACCAUUGCCAGACGUAUAGCUAAAGAAUAUAACAUUCCGAUAGUCAAUGCUGGGGAUUGUGUCCGUUGGAUACUGAAAGAUCCAAGUCAUAUGUACACGUCAUUAGCUAAUCGUAUCAGAGAACAAUUUAAUCUUGGUGAAGUAAUUUCAGAUGAACUUACAGCUGAAGCAAUACACACAUUAUUGAUGAAUGGUAUCUAUUUUACACGUGGAUAUAUCUUAGAGAAUUAUCCAUUGACUAAGGAACAAGGUGAAAUAUUGUUCACUUACGGUGUUCGACCAAAUUUAACUAUUCAUUUAACUGUUACAGAUGAAAAACAAAAAGAAGAAUUAAUUCUAAGAGGAAUUACGGAAGCUUCUCAAACACUUCACUCAAAACCAUCAGAUUCACAUGUGUCCCUUUUAACUUCUGGUGAAGAACAAUACCAAGAAGAUAAACGUUUGAAAAGACGAGGCGGAGAAGAAGAAGAGCAAGAAAUAGAAGGAGAGGGUAUAAAAGAGGAAAAUAUUCCGGAAAGAAAUGAAGAGGGGUUUAAACAACCUGUACCAGAAAUUGAUAAUGCUCAAGAAUUAGUUAUUCGUUUAGCAGCUUAUGAUACUGUUAUUCCGCAACUAAGAGAAUGGUAUAUAUCUUAUAAUGGACUUAUGGUUGAAUUGGAUGCUAUUCAAAAUCGAUGGUUAUUAUGGCGUAAAGUAAUCGCUUUAAUUAAGCAUAGAAUGAAACAUUUACAAGCAUACAUGGAGGGGAUUAUUGCACAUAACGCUGUCUCCAUAGCUGAAUUAGGCAUUCAGCAAUCUAAAUAUGAAGAAUUAGCGAGUGAAUUUCGUCAAUAUUGUCCUGUUUCACUGAGAGAAAAACACGAAUUAGAAGAUACAAUCAAUGAGCCUAAACAUGAAUUCAUUAUUCAGUUGAAAAUUAAUGAUAAUGCCAACAAGGCAUCACUGAACAGUAAUCAUAACCAUAAUCACAAACAUAAUCGUACUCACAUUCCUAAUAAUAAUAAUAAUAAUAAUAAUAAUAGUUAUAAUAAUAACAAUGGUCAUAAAUCUGAAAAUAGUCAUGUUAACGACGAUUUUUUGCAUACUUCUAGUUCUAGUGUCUUUGAGCACAAUAAGGUUGAUGAAGAAGAGAAAGAAAGAGAUGAGUUCACUGAUGCUUUGAAAAGUCCAAUUAAAAUUUAUACAAAAAUGCGUUUUACAGCUGAAUAUAAUGGACAUUAUUAUCGUAUGGCUGGACCAAAUGAGCUACACGCCUUUUUAACCAAUCCAGAAAGAUAUAUUAGACCGAAUAAUAUGUGUAUUCUACCACAAGAGGAGUUAAUUCCUAUGCGUCUGAGAGGAGAUAGUUUAAAGAGAAUCCGUGAUUCCUUUCCGAUACAAUUAGCACUGAAUGGUUAUUGUCCUGUUUGCUUUCAGCAUAGUAAAUCACGUUAUGAAGGUUUAAAAUUAGGCCUAUCAGAAUACAUAGCACAUUAUGAUAAUAAAUUUUACACAUUCUGCUCAAAUGAUUGUUUACUCGAAUUUCUUAGGAAACCUGUUCUUUUCUAUGAUUUAAAAUUACCACACAAGUUACCUCCAAUCGCUAAUCCAAUAACAUUGAAAUCUUUACCAUUACCUGGUUUCCUUGAACAGACAUUGGGUAUAGCACUCUGUAGAGCGCUGUCUGCUGUUGGUCAAGACCGACCGAAAUUCCCAUUUAUAAAAAUCAAACGAUCAGCAUUAAUCUACAUGGGAUUACAUUUAAAAGCAUAUAAUCCAAGAUUUUCAAUAGAUGAGAGAAAAAAAUAUCAAGAAAAGCUGAAAAAUUACAUACAAACGUGCUUAUUAAUCCCAUGGUUAGCUAAGUCUAUGCCGUUACCAUACUAUCCAGUAGCUAAACGUUCAUCAGAAUUCAAUAAAAAAUUGGACGACUUUUUAAAUUGUGAAGAAUGUGUAGAUCAACCUGAAACUUGGAUAGAAUGGGACAAGUAA